AUGGACUAUAAUCAAGGUCUUGAUUUCUCACAUCAGACACAAGAGGAAAUUUGGGUCGACGAGAUCAACAGAUUUCGAAUGAACGGCGGUCUUUGCGAAUGGGUCGCUAGCUUUCACCCAGACGAGAUUCCCUGCCGGCUAGAUGGUGGCUUCUUGAAUGGCUCGUACAAUGUCGGUCCAAAGUUUAUAUUUGACGAUGGUACUGCGUGGUUACUCCGUUUCCCUCGCGUGAAGAGCGUUUCCCCUAACUACGCCGACGAAAAGGUAGCUAUGGAAGUGGAAGCCCUUUCCCUUAUCCGCGAAAGAACAAGUGUUCCUGUUCCAGAAAUCAGAGCCUGGGGCCUCGCCGAUGCCAAUCCAUUAGGUCUUGGUCCUUUCAUCUUGAUGGAAUUUAUCGACGGUGUGUGUUUGAAUGACUUAUUAACUGGAGGCGGUUCCAGACUACUCAAAAAAGAAAUAUCAGACAGCGACCUUGGGAUUGUGUACAGGCAGAUAGCGAACUUCAUGCUGCAGAUUUUUGAGAUCAACUUCCAACGAAUCGGAAGUUUGCCUACAACAAGGACGGGUUAUUCUACGCCUGCACGCCCACUGACGUGGAAGGUACAAGAGAUUCUACAGACCGGGGGUGUUAACACCUUUGACUGGAAGCAACUUCGACAUCAGCUAAAUUCAAUUAUUGGCGAACUAGAUGGUAUCUCCAAAUACACUUCAUUGAAGAUUUUGGAAUCACUGAUACCCCAAUUUGUGAAUACGGAAUAUGAAAAUGGACCUUUCAAACUUAUCUGCGACGAUUUUGGUCCAGCAAACAUGAUCGUCAAAAGCGAUAAAGAUCUCACAAUUGUCGGGGUUGUGGACCUUGAGUGGGUGUAUGCAGGGCCAGCGCAGCUAUUGGGCUCAGCUCCUUGGUGGCUGCUUCAUGACCGACCAGUCAAUGAAGAGUGGGAUUUCAGGGACGGGAAUCCCCCGGAGGCCACAAAGCGCUAUUUCGAUUGCCUCGGCAUUUUUAAAGAAGCUUUGGCAGAGGAAGGGACGAAAUUUCCCAGCAGCCAAUAUACGCAACUCUCUCAACUUACCGAAUGGUCCGAGUCUUCGGGGGCGAUGUGGGUUCAUAUGCUCUUAUCUUCUGGGUUCUUCAAUCCACUCGGUUUCCCUUGCAUGCAGCUACGGCAAUUUGUGGGUGCCCAGUGGUGGAGAGAACGUGUCAAUGAGCUGGAAGUUAGACCAGAGGUGAAACAUUUUGUGGCUGACAAACUCCGAGACUUGGAUGAGUAUGACGAAACGAUUGAUGCAAUCGAGAAACUCAAGAUCUGCCUAGAUGAUGGCCAGAUUCAGAGGGAUGAGUUUGUUAUGGCUGUCGAUGAAUGUAUGGCGGUGAGCGAGUAG